AUGAAAAAUACUAUUUUUAGAUUUAAUUAAUUUUCUAUUCCAUUCCAAAGAAUACAAAAAUUGUAAUAUAACUUCAGCUUGAGUAAUUAAGAUGUCAGGUAGAAUAUUAAUAAAUUAAUUGAACUAAAUGAAUAGCAACUGAAUUCAAUAAACUAAAUAGAGAAAGAAACAAUGUCUAUAUAAAUAGAAGCUAUUGAAAAUAAUUUAGUGUAAUAUUUAUAAUCAUUCUUAGAACAUUAGAAAUAGCCAUACUAUUUAUUUAGAAAAAAUCUUGUUUAAUUAGCAUUUUACACUUAUUACAAUAGUAAAUUUGAUAAAUGCUAACAAUAUCUUUCUUAUGCUAUAUCUGGUGAUUAUGAGAAUACAUAUUAAGGUGAGUUAAUGAAACAGUUAUUUUUAGCAGAAUUGACAGGAAUUCAAUUUAGGAUUAAUUAUCACAAUUAAGAAUUAGAAUUGGCAGAAAAAUCAUUGUCUCAUUGGAAAAAUAUUAUUGAAAAUCAUUGCAAUUUUUAUAGAAAUAUGAAAAAUAACCAAAAAUUUGAUCUGAUAGAAUUUUUUGAGAACAUGGAAAAUGUCCAUCUUCAUUAAUACAUUGAGACUUUAGUAGUUGCUGGUUAAAUAUAAUAUAAUAAAGGAUUAUACACAUAAUCUAUUUCUAAAUUCGAACAAGCUGGAGAGAUAAUUGAAUCAACUCUUAAAUUUAUUGAAUUAGAAAAUAAGCAGGAGAAAAACCUAAGUGUAGAUAACAAGAGUUAUCAAGAUUUUUACAUCAAUUAAUUAAGGAGGUUGUUUUCUAAAUCAUAUAUCCAAUAAAUUAAAUUAGCAAUACUGAUGAAUGAUUUUUACUAAGCUGAAAAAUUAUACAAAAAGGGAAUUGAAUUUACACCUCUAAAAUACCAAGCAAUUUAAAUUGAAAUCUAGAAUUUUGAUAUUUAAUUUUAUUUGGGAUAAUCGGAUGAGGUUUUAGAAUCAAUUUAAUCAAGAAUAGAAUAGGAAAUGUCUAAAAUGUAAGAUAGCCUAGAAACAAAAGAUAAUAAAGUAUAAUUUAGAUACGGAUAACUCUGA